CUGUCAGUCGAGUGAUAUCUGGAUUUCAAGAUCGCAGGUAUCGAUCCGCCGUCCAUUCUCGCAGAGUUGCAUCACUGACCGUCGGAUCGUCUCUUCCGCCCAUUUCAUUUGCCUCCUAUACUUUCCGAAGUCUCAAACCCCCUCCCUCCCCUCCCUUCUCCCGCCGCCGCCGCCGCCGCCGCCGCCGAGCAUGCCGAGCGCCUUCCACUCCCUCCUCCUCCCCGCCAUUCGCAACCCCAAACCUAGCCGUCGCCGCGGCCGCGGCCGCGGCGGCAGCAAACGCCCCAAGAAGACCACCAAAUCCAAGAACCGCCUCGCCGACGCCGCCGCCGGAGACGCCACCGCCUUCCACCUGAAGACCUCCGCGCGCGCCGGUCCGGGGGGUGCCGGGAGCGGCCGGCGAGGCGAUGGGGGAUGCCUCGUGCAGCCGCUCGGCAACCUCCUCCUCCUCGGCGGCGGCGGCAACCUCCGCGACGCGGGGCUCGGCGCGCUCCGCCCGCUCCCCGACGACGUCCUCCUCGACGUGCUCGGCCUGCUCGCGGCGCGCGACCUCGCUAGGCUCUCCGCGGCGUCGAGGGCGCUCUACGUCGUCGCCUCCCACGACCCGCUCUGGCGGGCGCUCGUCCUCGACGAGCUCGGCGGGGACUUCGCCUUCUCGGGCUCGUGGCGCGCCACCUACAUCGCCGCCGCGUCGGGCGGCCGCGCCCACCUCCCCCCGCGGGGCCUAGAGAUCAGGGGGUUCUACUCCGACUACCUCUUCCAGAGCUGGCUCUGCGCCAACAUGGAGAUGCGGCCGGAGUGGCUCCACCGGGACACCAUCGAUCGCCGCCGCGGCAUGUCCGUCGAGCAAUUCGUCUCCGAAUUCGAGGAGCCCAAUAGGCCGGUGCUUCUGGAAGGCUGCCUCGAGAGCUGGCCAGCAUUGCAGAAGUGGACCAGGGAGCACUUGCUGAAGGUCUCGGCCGGGAAGGAGUUCGCCGUCGGGCCGGUGAGCAUGACGCUGGAUAGGUACCUCCAGUAUGCCGACAAUGUGCAGGAGGAGAGGCCAUUGUACCUGUUCGAUGCCAAGUUCACCGAGAAGGUGCCGGAGAUGGGGAGGGACUAUGAGGUGCCGGCGUACUUCCGAGAGGACCUAUUCGGGGUGCUUGGGGAGGAAAGGCCGGACCACCGAUGGGUUAUCAUUGGGCCGGCAGGUUCAGGGUCGUCGUUUCAUGUUGAUCCAAACUCGACAUCGGCGUGGAAUGCUGUGAUCAAGGGAGCCAAGAAGUGGGUGAUGUUCCCACCGGAGGUGGUGCCGCCAGGAGUUCAUCCAAGUGCGGAUGGAGCAGAAGUCACUAGCCCUGUAUCUAUCAUGGAAUGGUUCAUGAAUUUUUAUGGGGCAUGUAAGACCUGGGAAAAGAGGCCUGUUGAGUGUAUAUGCCGGGCUGGAGAGGUGGUUUUUGUGCCUAAUGGAUGGUGGCAUUUGGUUAUCAAUCUGGAGGAAUCUAUUGCGAUUACUCAGAAUUAUGUGAGCAGGAGGAAUCUGUUGAAUGUUCUUGACUUUCUCAAGAGGCCCAAUGCAAGUGAACUUGUAUCAGGGACUACAGACAGGGUAAACCUGCAUGACAAGUUCCGCAAUGCCAUCGAUAUGACUUAUCCUGGGAUGAUUAAACAGCUUGAACUUGAAGCUCAGCAGAAGGCUGCUGCUCGCAAGAAGAAAGUCUCGUUCUGGGAAUCUGCGGUAGAUGCCAAUACUGGAGGAUUCAAGUUCUCAUUCUGAUUUCGUUUCUAGCAGCUAGGUCUGUCAGUCUGAUACUUGAUUGCUGUUCUUGGUGAAAGUUCGACGAUUUUGCCAUUCCAUUUAAAUGCUCAAUCACAUCUGAUUUCCUACCUGAAUUCAGGUUUAUGAGCCUAUGCAUUGUCUGAAUCUGUCUUAACUGUAUCAUCUUAAAUUUUGGAGGAAUGUAGUCCCAGACAUGUAUUUCAUUGUUGUUGUUGUUGUAACAUGUAGCUUACACAAUAAUAAAUUGAUCAUUGACCUUGUGCAA